UAAUUUCGCACCACAAACAAACAAAACGAAUAAUUGUUGUUUACACCUUUCGUUGACAGAAGAGACUUUUCACUUAUACAAUUCGGUAGUAAUAUUUUAACGGCUAUUUACCAUUAUACUGCAAGGUUUCGAUUUAUGCAUUGUCAAAAUGAUUAUGGAAUAUGGCUGAGCUACAUAUUAUUGGUCAAAUAAAGUCUGCAAAGAAUUUUCAAGCAUCGAAUCUCUUCUGUAAAUGGAGUUUUCACGUUGGUGGAGGGUGGAAACUGAUAGACGGAUCUGCAGAGGGACAAACUCAAGAAUGUUGUGAUUUUUAUACUGAUAUGCCAGUCUGGGAUCAUCCUGUGGAUUUACAUUAUACAACGCAGACUCUCCAAGGUUCUCCAAAGCUACUUCUACAAAUAUUUUGCCGAGACGAUUAUGGCAGAGUAUUAUUUGUAGCCUAUGGAGUCAGUUCCAUACCUCUAACGCCAGGAGCUCAUACCGUCACCUGUCAUACAUGGAAACCAGUCGGUGACUGGCAAGACAGAUUGAGAGACAGAUUUUUAGGCGUGAGUUUGCAACUGAAAUCGCCAAACGCUUUAGUCAACACCGAAGACAGAUUCGAACUGCUCACUCAGACAAUGGGCUCGGUGAAUAUAGACCUGCAUAUACUGGCACGGAAUUUCGAAAAAUUCGGCUGUCGUUUGUAGUGGACG